UGUGUGAGUGUGAGUGAGAGAGAGAGGCAGAGGGAGAGAGAUAGAGGGAGAGAGGGAGGGGAGAUAGGAAGGGAGAAAUAUAAAGGCGACAGAGGGGGAGAAGGAAAGGUAAUGCGGAGGAUUAAAACCCCCUGAAGGUGCAUCAUGUUAUUGCGGGCUGUAGCGGCGGUGUCACUCGCUGUCUUCCUCGCCGCAUAUCUGGAAGGGAAGGGGGUUCAAAUGCAGAGGGAUGUUCAGUGCUGCAUGCAGUACUCCCAGGGCAAGGUCCGAGCCAAAGAUGUGCUAAGGUUCGAGGUGCAGACAGAAGGGCCCGACUGCAGCAUACAAGCCCUCAUACUGUACACCAAGAGGGCGGUGAAGUGUGCCAACCCCAUGGACAGAAAGGUGAAGAGGUUACUGAGGAAACUGUAUCUGAGGCAAAGGACCAAAGUGCACAGCACCAUAUGGCUCCACACACACGGCAACCUGCCAGCCAUGGCUGAAGUGGCUGACAGCCAAGCACACCAUAGUGCCAGAUUCAAAGAUAGCUGGCCAAUGGAAGGGAAGGAACAUGCCAAUCCUGACCAAUAAUAUGGUAUUUCUAAACUUCCCAACCUUGUGUUUUGCUGGUUAGUUGGAUCAGUUCAGCUGGAUGUCUCCUUGUCGCAGGAUGACAAAAGAUAGUUCUUUGCAGACGGCAGUCCUCCUUAAGGCUCCAUGCAGAGGGUUGUGAUUGUACUUCAUACUAAAUGCAUGCACCCUUGCAUUGUAUUUUUGGGCUACAAGUGAUGAAAUUGGUAACUGUAUCAAGGGUUAUCAUGAGUGGCAGCUCAAGAUCCAACUGAUUUUGGGCUACUGGCUGAUUGUGUGAUAAUGAAGCACUAAAAUAUGACAAAUAAACAAAAACCACACACACACACACGAACUGACCACCAUAUUUAGACUGUUAUGAUGUUCACAUGUUCAAUAACUUAUAUCUGAAUGCUAAAAGAUCACUGGCCUUAUAUGGGACCUUUUGUGAUUUAGUUCCAUGACAAAUAUGUAUCAUAAUUGUUAUGGUUGUUCAUUAAUGUUGGUCACAGUAAUAUAACUGUUGUUAUUGCCUAAUUAUCAGUGUAAUGCAGAAAAAUAAUACACAAGCACUCACUGGCUCUAGUUUUUAACAUGUGUUAAAACCAAAAUAAUUUUAUGUUGGGGUACGUAUCUUUUAUGUGCUAAUAUACAGUACUAUUUGCACCAGUAUUUCUGUAGUGUAACUGCAAAUAUUUCCUCUCUUCUCCAUUCCUUUCUCCAUCAUUGCCUUUACCCACAGAAAUAUGUAGAGGUUAAGCUUUCAUUACCGCUAUUGUAUAGAGUUGAUUUAGGGUUUUGAUAUGUACAAUUGUAAGCUACCACAUUCUCAAAUAAUAACUGCCUAUACCAAA